AACUGUUCGAAAAUGUACAGUAUCCUGUAAAUAACUGUAAUUUACUGUAAUUUACUAUGUAAUUUACACCUAUGUAGGUUACACCCCCCUUUUAUACGCAACACUAGUCCGGAAGUCUUUGCCUUUCCGGCGCAACCCACUUUGUCAAGGCUCCAAACACUCGGAAUAUCUAUGCAUUUGCACUGUGCGGGAUCGCUAAGCUUAUGAGCAAGCUACAUUAUCUAGAUCGUGAAGACUGCACAAGCUCGCUUCGAUCAUAAACUUUCGAGGGAUCGUGCACGCAUAGUCUCGAAUUGUCUAGGGCGGAAGCAGGAUCGAUUUGAAAGGGAACUUUUCGUUCCGCGACGGAACGGUAAUGGCGACCAGAUUAACCGCUCCGAGUUGCGUUCAAAGCAGACAGCGAAGCAGCAGCAACAUACAGACAUCCCCCUCCCCGCCACAAUAUAAGCCCAUCAUGCGUUCUUCAUUUAUCGCCAUUCUCUCAGUCUUUGCUACCACAAGCUCCCUCCUCGUAACGGCAGCUCCGACGGGCUACGUAGAGGUGUCACCGUACGAGUUACCCUCUGACUACAGCGUUUCCUCCCGAGGAUACGCUACCCCUCCUGCUCAUAAAAAGCGAGGUCCCGGAAGAGGUGGGAGCGCAGGCUCCGGCAGGACAGGCAAUGCGGGCGGCGGAAACGUCAUCAACAGCGGAGGUACUGUGACGAAUGUCGCAGGUGCAAACGUUGCUCAGGGCGGUGGUACUACGCAAUCGGGUACCGCCACUGCAGGCAACAGUGGCACCAGCCCCGGCGAUGGCGGAAACGCUUUCUCUGGGAGUACCGGUAAUGCCCAAGGCGGUACCGUCACCAACUCAGGAACCACUAUUAAUAACUCUGGAGCCGGAGCUAAUACCUCCGGCAUGGGUGGAACUGCUCGCAGCGGAAAUGCCCGAGGUGGUAACGGUAGACGUUAACUCACCGCGUCAUAGCUAUAGGAUUAUCACAGACAUUUUGGAGAUACGGGAGAUGUUAGUAAACAUUUGGGACAUGACAGCUAAACCGUAAUUCUUUGAACCUCGCUUGUAACGUAGAUACACAUUGGAUAUAUUUUCGAACCUGUUUGGAAAGCCUGCUUCUUUUCGCGUUGAACCAAUGCUUUGAAUUGAAUGUAUGGCACACUGGUUUCUUAAUCCAUAAUC